AUGGCCUCUCCCAUUCCACAGCCACGCUGUAUCAAUGGCCCUCCUUACGGAUCCAUGGCGUCGUGGUGCCUCCCACGCGGAACUAUCAUCCACCACCACCCAUCGUCCCUCAACACCGCACCAGCACCGCACCGACACCGCACCGACACCGCACUGACACCGCACCAGCGCCGCCCUUGGGUCAAGAUCCCUUCCUUUCUCCUCGCCAAGACCCGAUAUCGUGAUUUGUCACUCGAGCCGGAGAAACAGCCGCCGCUACCACCCACCGUCGAUCAUCCGGGCCUUGAUCCCGGAGCUGUGGGAGUCGCGACGUGGAUUGGUAGAUCAUUCCAUGCUUUCCCCUCCCUUGGCCCAUGGCGCAUCCGCGUUCGCUCUCGCUUUCCAUCCGCCCCCUGCCCUUGGGGUAACGAUGCUUCUUGGACCCAGUCGCCUGGGAUCUGA